CUCCAUUCCCUCCAAACACUCUACACUCUACACUUCUCCAACCACCACUACGUGAUCCGCUGCUCGCUGUGUUGCUCCCCAUGGCAAGUGUCGUAUUUGUGGGCAAGUCCAGCUCAUUCACGAUUCGCAGCCUCAAGGGCGCUGGGCACGUGCUGCACAUCAGCCAGGAGUCGACCUUCAAGCUCACAGAGACCAGCAACACCUUCCCGUUUUUCGCUGACAUCCUGCUGGGGCACAUCCACUCGCACCCCACCGGUGGAGGGACGCUCUCGGUGCCGUGCAGCGGAGGUGGGUCGCUGGUGGUGGUGCUGGGCGAUAAGGACUGUGUGUGUGCCGGGGAUGGCCAUGAGGGUUUGGUGCUGAAGGGCGAGGCCAUCAGCAAGAAGAUCGAGGCCGAGAGCCAGAAGGACGGGCUGACCCCUGACGUAGGUGGUGGGGAUUUGGUGUUCGAGAGCACACACUCGGUCGACACGGCCAACGCCGGCAGGUACCUACCGACCUACGUGCAAUGCCAUAGAUAGUGCACACGCAUGUGCUCAUCUGUGUGUGUGUCUGUCUGUCUGUCUGUUGGCUCAUCCCAUCCAUCGAUCCAUCAGGGUGAUAGUGUCGAUGACUGAGGACGUGUUGACCCUGUGCGUGGCCCGCAAGGGUGUGGUCUUUCCGCAGCAGUCGGGCCCCGCCAUCCACGACACACACGUCACCAUCAAGGCACACGGCUACACCUCCAUCGAGGGCGCCAGCGCCACAACUGAUGAUGACGGCACCCUGGUCUACGAGGCGACCAUCAAGCCCGACGAGGACCUCACAGUCACGUUCCGCAAACCCGCGGCCGGCGGGGAUGCGAGUGCUUCGCUGCUGGCGCCCCCCGCUGCUGCUGGCGGCAGGGAUGAGGCCGAGGUGUCCAAUGUGGCCGAUCCUGGCGAUGAUGGCGACGUGGAAGAAGACCUAGAGGGGGAGGUGUGAUUGAUUAGUGUGGGUAGAGGGAGGAUCUGUGUGGUUUUGUGCAUAGGAUCGGUUCAUUCAGAUGUCCAGACUGAUAUGGAUGACUGGUCGUCUUGUGUUUUGCGUCGGUGGGUUUGAUCUUCUCAUGAGGGUUGGUUUGUGCGUCGAGUCGACCACAGGGUGUGGUGUGCAUAUCCGUCAUAUCCUGAGAGAGAGGAUGGAGAGGGAGAACGGACUGUUCGUCGCCUUGUUUGUCUUUGUGUAGCAUUCACUUGUCUCUCUGUCUCUCUCUCUUUUCAUCUGCACGUCACUCUGUCCGUUGGUUAGUGUCCGACCCAGAAAGAUGGUGGUCGCCUCGUGUUGUCAUAGUAGCUAUGACAUGCUGCUAGUACGUGUGCUGCCUGCCUUCGAUAAAUCGAUAAGAAG